AUGGUCUCAGACAAAACAGAUAAACUUUCGUGUACUUCUGAGGCUAUUUGGCUAACUAUAAAAGCACCGAGUUCACCGAGCCUUGACAUCCUGACGGUCUACCGACCGCCGAGAAAUGAUCCCACAGCGGACGCCCAGCUGAUUGAGGACCUGGAGAGAUUCUCUAUCCGGUCCGAAGUCUUAGUCAUGGGGGACUUCAACGCGCCUCUUAUCAACUGGAGUUCAGCUUAUGCAUCUGGUCCAGACCAUGCUUUCGACCGACGUUUGCUGGACAUGACCUUCAAGUUAUUUCUCACUCAGCACGUCUCCUUUCCGACGAGGAUGCGCGAAGGGCAACAGUCAAACUGUCUGGAUCUGCUCAUUACGAAGUCACUGGACAGCGUUGAUGAGGUGCAAUGUCUACCCCCCCUAGGUCGAAGCGAUCACGUCGUACUGUUGUGGGAGUAUUCCAUUUUUUCUCUGCCCGAACAGGCCACCAGGGUUAGAAGGAACAUUUGGCGCGGUGACUUUGCCCAAAUGAAAGCUGAACUAAACACCAUAAACUGGGAAUCAGCUUUUUCCGGUGACAUAAUCAAGGAUUGGGACUGGUUUAGUGAGUUACUGCACGUUCUUCUCAGAGACCACUGUCCUAUUUCACGGAAGAAACUAAAUUGCAGACCCCCGUGGCUAACACAAGCUUUAAAAAAAGAAGUGAAUAAAAAGCGGAGGUUAUGGAGGAAAUUCCUCUCGGAUAGGAGCUAUGUGUCGUUAAAUGCAUACAAAGCACAGAGGAACCUAGUUAGGAAGCUAAUCCUCGCGACGCGGCGUACUUUUGAGAAAGACCUACUAAAUCGAUCCGCAGAAAGUCAGACGUUGUUCUAUGGUUACAUAAGAAGAAGCACACGAAACAGAGACCCAAUUCCGUUAUUGAAAACUAGUGACGACCUAGAACUCAGUGAAGACGGAGAAAAGGCAGAGCACCUAUCACAGUUCUUUAAGUCCAUCUUUACGAAGGAAAGCGCAUUUCUUCCUCCCGACUGCGACAUAGUGGACGGGCCAACGAUUGAGCACGCCUCUUUCGCCGAAGCUAUUGUUUGCAAAGAACUGUUGAAGUUGAAUGAGUCUAAAUCACCUGGGCCGGAUGACAUACCGCCCAAAUUGUUGAAGGAACUUGCUGGAGGACUAUCCAAACCGUUGUCCAUGCUCUUCCAAGCUUCGUUCGAAGCAGGCUAUUUGCCCUCCGAUUGGAAAUCAGCGCGGAUCACGCCAAUUUAUAAAGGCGGCAGCAAGGCCUUAGCAAACAAUUACAGACCAAUCAGCCUUACUUCAAUUUGCUGCAAAAUUAUGGAGAAAUAAUGCACUUCGUAGAAGAGCAUAAUCUGCUAUGCGAUGCCCAUCACGGAUUUCGUAGAGGCAGAUCAUGCGUGACGAAUCUACUAUAUUGUUUAGAUCGCUGGACCCGGGCAGUCGAUGGCAGCAAUGCAGUGCGCGCCGUCUACGUCGACUUUAAGAAAGCAUUCGACAGUGUACCCCAUCAGCGUCUCCUGUACAAAUUAAACCGAACAGGCCUGAGGGGUAAUCUCCUGAGGUGGAUACAAAGUUUCUUGAUCGGUCGCUCUCAAAUCAUCCACGUCGGUGACAGGCUGUCGGCGGAGGUAGCGGUUGAAAGCGGUGUUCCACAAGGCUCCGUUCUUGACCCUACCCUAUUCAUUAUAUACGUCAACGACUGCGUCAGUGAACUGAAUUGUGAUGUCGCCAUGUUCGCUGAUGAUGUUAAAAUUUGGAGCGUCAUCCGAACUGAAUUUGACGAAGAGCGCUUGCAGGCAGACCUGACCCGACUCGAGAAAUGGUCACAGGACUGGCUGUUGCCGUUUAAUGUGACUAAGUGUAAUGUCCUGCGAGUCGGCAGGACCCGAUCUCUGAACCGGAGGGUUUACCACCUAAAUGGCGUAUCAUUGCAGGAGGUAGACGCCCAGAAAGACUUGGGGGUGUGGGUAACGGCUUCUCUAAAACCGUCGCUUCACUGCUCCAAGGUAGCCAAGUCUGCGAUGUCAGUCCUUUAUCUUGUCAAGAGAGCUUUCUCUACCUUCGAUGAGGACUGCUUCGUUAAAGUCUUUCGGACUUUCGUACGGCCACAGCUAGAGUUCGCCAUUCAGGCGUGGAAACCGUGGACCUCUAAAGAUCUCAGCAUCCUCGAGAAAGUUCAGAGGCGGGCAACCAAACUCGUAAGUGGACAGGGUUCACUACCCUAUGAAACCCGAUUGUCCAAUUUCGGCCUCUUUCCACUGAGUUACAGACAGCUAAGAGGCGACCUUAUACAAACAUUCCGUAUACUGCGCGGCCAGGACUGCUGUCUCGUACCUACUGAUUUCUUUGAGUUAGCGACCACAACGAACCUCCAAGGUCAUCCACUUAAACUACGCGUAACUGGCGCCAAGCUGGACAUUCAGUUUAUUUGAUAAGGAUGAUAGGCAAAGCCUUUGAAGACCCUAUUUAUAACAUGUCAACUCGUUAGAAAUAACUGUACAAUAACAAUGAAAAUGUUUGCUAUAUACAUAGUACUUGAUUCAUUUGAGUAGCAUUGUCACAGAGAAAAAAUAUGUGGGGAACCGGGGUGUUUAGCUCAGAUUCAGACUGUCGAGGGAAAACAUGGGACACAAAUAAUCAUCCAAGCGUUUCUUGAAGAGUUGCAGGGAUGUCGCCUCCACGACUGACUGAGGGAGAUCGUUCCAUUUCUCCACUGCCCUUUGCGUGAAAAAUUCAGAACGAAGGUUCAGCCUGGACAUUGUUGUCCGUAGCUUCAUCGCGUGGCCACGAAGAUUGGGUGAAAGGUGCCACUGAAACAUGUCCUCAAAGUUAAGUCCAUGCUCAAGGCCAUUUAUUAUCUUGUAAACCAGGAUUAGAUCACCUCUUUGCUGCCUGUAACACAGAGGGAAUAGAUUAAGGCAAUUCAGUCUGUCCGUGUAGGAUUGGUUUUUUAGACCGUUUACCAUCUUUGUUGCCCUACGUUGCACCCGUUCGAGGCAUGCUUUGUCCUUUACAAGCCAUGGCCGCCAUGCUUGUAUGCAAUAUUCUAAGUGGGGCCGAACGGAGGUGCCGUAAACUCUCCCAAAAAGGCCUUGGUCAAAGGUAACGAACACCCUUUUGAUUGCAUGCAGCACUCCCAUUGCGUUUUUUGCAGCCUUGUGGCACUGCAAUGUUGGUUUCAAAUUGUUCUGUAUCCAAACCCCGAGAUCCUUCUGUGAAGAUUCUGCGGGGAGUCUUAUAUCUUUCAGAUGAUAUGUCCUCAGGCUCUGAUUUGGAUGAGAGUUAGUUGGACGCAGAUGGAGGACGGCACACUUCUGCACAUUGAAGUCUAGAAGCCAUUUCUCCGACCACGCUUGCAGUCGAUGAAGAUUGUUUUGGAGGGAUCUCUGGUCGUUAGGACUCUUAAUGACUUGCCAGAGCUUAACGUCGUCAGCAAACAUUAUUUUGCCACAGUCGAGUUCCUGAAGGCUGUCAUUAACAUAAAGGAGGAAUAGCAAUGGUCCCAGAACUGAGCCUUGAGGCACACCACUGGUCACGCUCACCCAUUCUGACAUAUCAUCACCGAUGCAAACACUUUGUUUCCGACCAACCAGAAACGCCCCUAUCCAGUUCAGAAGAUCUCCCUGGAUGCCGAUGGCGCUCAAUUUGUGAAGAAGGCGUUGGUGCGGGACAGUAUCGAAGGCUUUGCGAAAAUCGAUGUACACGACAUCAACUUCAAAACCCUCUUCUAG